CGAAGUGCCACGGUGAAGUAAGGCUAGUGAAUAGUGUCCACGGUAGUAUCUUCUGGCAAUCAUGGCUUUGGUAGUGCGUACCAUUUACGAUGGAUUCCACCACUACGUGAUUGACAAAACAGAUGAACGAGUGCUAACCCUGCCGUUGCUGCAGUCAAUUUGGACGGUGCCCAUGAUCACCGCAGCCUACCUAUACUUUGUGCUCAAGCUCGGCCCGAACUUGAUGGCCAACCGGAAACCGAUCGAGAUGCGCGGUUUGCUGAGCGCCUACAAUCUGCUGCAAGUGGCAGCAAAUGCCGUUGCAUUCACCUUGGGUCUCAAGUAUCUUCGGGAACACUCGUACUCGUUCGUCUGUCAACCAAUCCUCCCGAGCGACACCAAGCAGGCGUUGGCAGAGUUUCGGCUGGGCUACGUUUAUUUCCUGCUGAAAAUUUUCGACCUGGCCGACACCGUGUUUUUCGUGCUGCGCAAGAAGCAGGCACAUGUGUCCUUUCUGCAUGUGUACCACCACGCCGUGAUGGCUCUGUCGGCCUCGAUCUUCAUGCGGUACCUGGCCGGUGGACACGUUUUCGUGCUCGGGCUGCUCAAUACGUUCGUGCACGCGGUCAUGUACUUUUACUACUUUCUCACCAUCUACUGGCCGGACCUGACGCGCGGUGCGACCUGGAAACGUUACGUAACACUGCUGCAGCUGGGUCAGUUCGCCUAUCUGGUGUUCCAUUUCCUGCGUCCCGUCGUUCUCGGUGCGGAUUGCAACUACCCGCGGCCCGUGAUGUGGUUCGCUGGCAUACAGAACGUGUUUAUGCUGAUCCUGUUUGGAGAUUUCUAUGUGCGCACGUACUUCCGGAAGCCAAAAGCCAACCAGCACUGAUCGAUAGCCGGUGCGGUGCGCAGUUUGGUGUGCUAAAGUGUAUCAACAUGAAAAACUCCCAACCGGAGAUUAGCUCUCAGCCCUCCGUUUAGGGAUGUACGUUGUUCACACGUGCUUCGUGAAAGUGUCAUUGUGAAAAGGGAAAAGAAAUAAUACCUGUGAAUUAUCUAGUUUUACUCAAUAUUUGCUACCUUUAUUCACGAGCGUCUAUUCCUUUUUCACACUGGCCUCUGUUUGCUUUUCUUUGAAAAGUUCGUAAAAACCGUUACACAUUAAUUCAAAUCGUUUACCCAACCUCCAGCCAGCAUCGCAUCCAGCCGCAACGUUUUCCCUUCGCUUCUCAGGCGUAGAUUUGUAUUUCUGUUCCAAAAACUUCACACGCAGUCACACCAGUUAAAACGAGACAUCUCGGUACGUAGCCACGGUACAGACUUCUAUCGACCGGCUUCUCUUUCUCAUCUUGGAGGCUUUCCGGAGAUCCGGGUCCCGUUCCAAUGCGUUUAGCCCACGGUACGCAGUUAACGUGAACCGACGCACUCAACAUUCAAAUGUCAUUGCCGGAAUGGUCAAUUUUGAGUUACUCCUAAACAAUUUUCAUGAUUAUUUUCUUUCAGACUAGAUUUUUGUGGAAAGGUUUAUUUCAUUCAUUGAUUAUAUUUGGCCCGCUGUCUUACGGGCACACAGUAACACGGUCAAUCUAGGUUUAGGUUGUGGUUUUUUCUCUGUGAUAACAGGUUUCGGGGAAACUUGAAUUCUUUACCAAGUGUACACUACUGAUUGCAACGGCACAACGUGCACCGUUUAGGCCCUGCCAAUGUAUCGAUGAUGGAUGCAUGUACUGGAAGAUACCGUUCAAUUGAUUAGGUUUCGUGUAAAAUGCACCAGAAGGUGUAGUGUAUGU